CAGAGUGGUGACCAUGAGCAGGCUGGUGCCAUCUCCAAUGCCCUGCCACUGGCUAGUGGUGCUGCUGCUGUUUCUCUCAGGGGAGCAGGUACCAGCAAUGACAAACAACAACCUGCUACCGAAUCCCCAAGGUAGCACUUGUUCCAAGAUCUGGCAGUACCCACGUUAUAUAGCCAGGAAGCGGGGUUCUGUGGUGAAAAUUCACUGCUACACAAACAGCAACGUCAUCUCCAGCAUCGUGACUUGGUUCCGAAAGCAGGACAACGAGGCGGAGCUCCAGGAGCUGUCCCCAGAACAGGGGCACAUCUUGCCAACCCAGAAUGGCUCUGUCCACACCCUCACUAUCCAAGGCAUCCAAUUUGAAGACAAUGGCAUCUACAUGUGCAAGCAGGAGUGCACCAGCCCCGACGAAGAAGCCUGGGGCUGUGGCACAGAACUUCGAGUCUUAGGGUUCAGCACCUUGGCACAGCUGAAGCGGCGAAACACACUGAAAGAUGGCAUCAUCAUGAUUCAGACCCUCCUCAUCAUCCUCUUCAUUGUUGUACCCAUCUUCCUGCUACUGGACAAGGAUGACAGCAAAACUGGCAUGGAGGAAGAUCACACUUAUGAGGGCCUGGACAUUGACCAGACGGCCACCUAUGAAGACAUAGUGACGCUGCGGACAGGGGAGGUGAAAUGGUCUGUUGGAGAACACCCAGGCCAGGAGUGAGAACUACCCUCAACCUGCCCAACUCAGGGGCCUCAGUGUUUCCAAGCCGCCUGGUUUAUGGCCCAUCCCUUUCUUCUUGGAUUCCCCAGCCAGCCUCUGAAGCUGGAUCACCAGAGUCACCUCUCCAGCCCCUGGUUCCCAGCUCUUGCUGGGGUAGAAGGACAAUAGGGUGGUGACAUGGCGUGGAGAGUUCUCUGGGGAUGGACUGGACCCAGGCUUGUUUGCGUGCCAUGCAGGAUCUGUCCCCAAGUUUGGGACAGGAAAGCAGAGACUUGUCAGAACCUGAACAUGGACUCAGAGCAGGUUGGCUUCCUGUGGUGCCCAGGAAGGGCCAUGGUCCCAGAAGGGCCAGCAAGAAUGUCACGCCUCUCUCCCAUCACAGGAAUCACCUACCCUGCAGCCUA